AUGCCUUCCACGGCCACCACUUUCCUGGACUCUCCCCUGCUCAAGGUCAGCCGUCCCGUCGCCGCCUGUUCGCGAUGUCGUACCGCGAAGAUCAAGUGCGACGGUAAGCUCCCCGCCUGUUCCGCCUGUGAGAAGGUCGGCAAGGCGAGCACCUGUUCCGGUGCCAGUGAUGAAUUCGCCAAGGGGAAAGAACGCAGCUAUGUAGCCUCCCUCGAGGGCUACUGCGAGAAGCUCGAAAAGAAGAUCGCCCAACUCCGAAAUCGUCAAACCUCCCUCUCCGCUGAAGGGAAUGGCGUCGCGUGGGAGUCGUCCAUCACAUCGAUCUCCUCGGACGGUCCCUUAGGACCGGCGCAUCGCCGAGAGGUGUCCGAUAUCGAUGACCUGGUCGGGGAUUUCGGUUUCCUGUCGGUCAAUGCCACUUCGCGCGACUUCGACGGCAUCACGUCCAAGACCACCUUUGCCAAUCUCCUCUUAUCAGUCGCAACGGUGGGAUAUCCACCCCCGCAGACGCCCAAUGCGUUGCCCGCCCGGCACGAAGCAACGCCCUUACUGCAGUAUUAUUUUGACAACGUUUUCGUCCAGCUACCAUUUUUUGUCGAGACUAGCUUCUGGACCUCGGUAGACGCCGUCUACCAGUCGGGGGGCCGCUUUGCCAAACCCUUUGACCACUGGAUGCUACGUAUGGUGCUUGCCGUCGCCUCCGCGUCGGUCUCAUAUCAGAACAACGACAAGAGCCACCAGCGGGCUUUGGCGUUGGUUUCGGAGGCUUUGACAUACGCCGAAGGCGUCCUACGCCCCGGGUCUAUCGCGUGCAUUCAGGCCAUUCUGCUGCUUGCCCAGUAUGCCUUGGUAGACCCGGGUCGCUUUCGUAGUUGGCAUCUCGUUGGAAUGGCCGUAAGAGUAGCGGUGGAUCUAGGUCUUCAUCAGGACCCCCCUGCAGAGGUCCUAUGCAAUGCGGACCGCCUCGACAUUCGCCGACGUGUGUUCCACUGCCUUUACUCCUUGGACAGAGGAAUGAGCACUUCAUUACAAAGGACCUUCUCCUUUUCCAAUGCCUCCGUCAACGUUACUAUGCCGUUGACCGGAACUUCUGGGACGAGCGGCGAACAAAGCCACAUCUUCCUGCGAAACCCAGCACCUGCCCUCCACAUCGUAAAAAUUCGACAAAUACUGUCCGAUGGAUACCAAGAUAUGUACUACAACUCCCGUGAGGCUUCUCCACAGCCUCUGGUCCAAAUAUGGACACUCUGCUGGCAAGCCCAGCAAUGGUUCCAGGAUUGUCCCCAGAACGCCCCCAGUCAUUUCUCCCUCCUAUACCGCCUCGAACUCCUCUAUACUAUGAUCAUCCUCCUCUCCCCCUCCCAUAGAUACCCCAUUCUCGACGACUACAACAAGGCGCUCCUGUUCGACCGGUCCAUGGACUACGUCAGCCAGAUCCACCAAGUGCUGGAGAAUCCAAGUGUCCUGCCAUUCCUCACUUUCUUCGACAUCCAGCGCGUGCACCAAGUGGGCCAUAAAUUCGUCGAAAUUCUCUCCGAAAACUUCGACAUGCUUUUAAGCCCCAGAGUGCCGACUCUUCCUCCAGUCCCUGCCGGAACCCCGGAUCCGCCCAAACUCCAUGAAGAAGACCGGCUCAACACUCGACCCCGCGCAAUCCACUGCAUCGCCUACGUUCGCGACUUGCUUAAGUAUUGCGCGAGGAAAUGGGAUCUUCGAGCCCCACUGGAAGAAUUCGAGAGACAGUCGGCUUCGUUAGGGAAGAUGUUGGUGGACAGCUCUAUGAGCUAUGUAACAAACCAAAGGGCCUACAUGCAGGUCCCAUCAUCCGGGUUGCCGCUGGCCGGCAAUAGGUAUUCAGGAUAUCAUUUCGGAUAA